GCGGACGCACAUGUGAAAGAAGGAAUAGAUAGAUCGGUUUCUAUUAUUGCAAAGAGGUGGACGAUGAUGGGCGUUCGUUAAAUACUGGACUUUGACUCCUUCCUCAAAGACACAGUCAGCUAGCGCAACUGAUAAAUAUGUUGAGAUUUAAUAGCUCUAUCAAAUACCAGUGUGUUGCAGAAAUUCUAUUGUAAGCAUGUAGGAGACAAUCAAAUUUGCGCUAUAUAAAUUGAAUUAUCUGACCAACAUCAAAACAAAUCAAAUUUUCAAACUCGUAUUGACUCAUGCCAGAAGAUUUUUUAUGCAACGAGGCAUUUUUUGUCGCUGGGCGUGUAAUUCACAUGAGCAGAUUGAUAAUGUAUUGUACAGGCCACAUCGAGAACAGGACUUGUAGCAGACGCAAUCAGUCCGAUACGGAUGUUCCAGAAGAGGAAUGGCCUCCAAUGAGUUGUAUAGUCCAGCAUUAUUGAGUGUAGAUUGUGAACUAUGUGCCAGUCGUAUGCAAGCUGUCACAGAUCUGUUGUUAUUAACUAGCGACUUAAGACCAGUGAACACCGAAAGUUUGUCGGUUUUUGGUGAAUCUUAUUCAAAGUGUCGUGAAAUUAUAAUCGCAAGGAGCAUGGGUCUGACGGUGUUUACCCGUGAUAUAAUGAACCAACUGCGAGGAAACAGGUUAAAGGACGUUUCGGAUACUUUGAAAGAUUUGACCGAUGUCGUCAUCAGAAUUGUUGAAUGCUCAAGUCAUGCAGCCUAUCUUGCGGCAAUCAGUGAACUUGGCUCAGUGCCAGCUUUGCCAGGAAUCAUAGACAAAUACAAGGUGACACGUGCUAAGGUAGACAUUGAAUUAGCUAGUAGUCGUUUUCAUCUUACUCCGCUUUCGGAACUAUCUCCACAAGUGCUCGUAAAUAUUUCUGAGGAAUUGAUAAAGAAUCUAGAGACACUGACCCACGCAUGUAGACUUGCCAGUGACGCGAGUGAUGACCCGUUCCACAAAGAACAAUUUCGAUUGUCUCUAAAAAAUGUUACUGCAUGUACAAGUUCUUUGUUGUCGUGCAUACGGCGAUAUAAAAGUACUCUGGAUGAGCAGAGUAGAGCAAGGUGCAUAUCUUUUUCAAAACCAUUGGUGCAAUCUUGUAUGUCAUUAGUUGAUUAUGCCACCGAAUCUGAACACAUCGGUUUACCUGCGGAUUUGCCCGAGAGCAGCAGGCGCAUACAGACGGCCAUCUUAGGUGGCUGUAUGAGCAUUGCAAGUUCUUGUGUUAGGCUUUGCGAGAGUGUCCAAAUGGCUCUGUAUGAUAUUAACAAUCCAGAAUCCAUGAAGCGGUUAUCCGUAUGCUGCGCUGCAAUUUUAGAUGGAUCUCAACUCCUAUCGCAAGCUUUACGGGACAAGGCAUCUGUCAGAACGCUGUCUUCAACGCCAAGUUCUAGUCCACGAUCUCAAUCCACAGAGACCUUAUGACAUAAGAUGUCCGCGGUAAGUAUGGCAUCGCAGUCAAUGACAACGACCGAUGAAUUAGCCAAUACAAUUUGAUGAACCGUACUGUAUUCUAAUUCAAAAAUGAAUUCAUUAAAAUGCCAUUUUACUGAGAAAUUAAGAGAUUGACUUUGAUGUUGAAUAUUUGAAUAAAACUGCUUGAGAUUUAUUCUCAACUAAAGGAGACAUACAUAAUGGAAACUUAAAGUAUUAUGGGAUGUAGAUUUGACUUCCACGUUGUCUGUGUUAAGUUAUUGUACUGUACACAUUUCUAUAUCAAGUCUGUACUUAUAGUGCUUUUUCCCCAUCUAUGUAGGUUUUUAAAAUAUGAAACUGAUGCAAAUUUAGUAAUUACAAUUGUAACACUAUCACUGUAAAAUAAAAUAUGUUAUAAUUUAUAAUAUUGAUAUCAAAGAUCUAUAUUUUCACUGCAUUGGAUAUUUAAACUGGUAUUUGAACAAAGAUAUUAUUACAUGUUGUAUUAAACUCAAAAAACAUUCAACUACAGUAGUUCAAAAAGACUAAGUGCACCAGAUUUCUAAUUUAGCACCUCGCAAAAUUUUGUCAUGUUCUGUGUAUUAAUGGCAGUUGCUACAGUAUAUUAUAUUAUGGUGUUUAUUAAAGAUAUAUACUGUAUAUACACCAUCUGUUGUAAAACUAGUAAAAAAUUCACUGACAUUCAGUUAAUGAGAGACAGAUCAAACAAACUACAGUAAAUCGAUUUUACUAAUUUGCACUAUACUAUACUAUAAAAAUCCUUGAUAUACUGUACAUUACCAGCAAGUAGAAUGGAAUACAAAAUAUAUUUAUAAUUGUUGAUGAGAAAAAUCUGUUGUUUUUAUUUACAAUUGAAAGUACAGUAGGUAAUUAAAAUAUUUAUUUUAUUAGUUGAACACAGGAGAAACCUAGUAAUUAACCUUUAAACUGGAUUUAUCUGUAAAGUAAAUUGUACACAGAAAAUUUUGGUUUUUUUUUUAGCUUUUCCAUAUUUGAUGACGUUAUGCUAAUUUUCAUUAUUUUUAUCAGAAUUAAUUUAUUUACAAUUCAUACAACAAAAACAGAAAUUAUUGUUAGAGAGCUCAUUAAUUAUUAAAAAAUUAAAAUCACUGUACAUCUUCAGGCUUCCUAAUCAAUCUAAUCAAAGAAUUUAAAGUUUUCAAGAUCUUGUAUAUUUUUAACUAUUUAUAUGUAUGGGUGAGGGGUAAAGUAGAUGUUUAUUGGCUAAUUUUGCAUAUAAAAAUUAAUUAUAAUAUUUCUUUCAAAUGAAUUGAUUG